AUGAAUGGGAGGCUGCAUCGCCUGCUCCGGCGGCUGGCGUCACCGCUGCUGGCCACGCGCCUGACAAAAGAGGAGCUGUGCCUGUCCAUGGCCGCCGUGUCGCGGCUGCGGCUGCGCCAGGAGGAACUGCUGGGCCUCCCCCUUGACCCGAUCGUAACGCGAACCCAGCGCGUCAGUCACCUGUGCAGCCCAACGGAACUUGGGAUGCUCUCAGAUGGCGCGGCCGCACUUUUCUGCAGCCGCGCCGACAUGGCCGACACACUUGUCUGUGCGUUGUACACUGCGAUGGGCAAGGGCGCCGCCGCGCGCCUCGACCACGUGACGGCUGUGGUUCGCUACGCAGCUACGCUGGGGUCGUACAGCAGUGAGACAGUGCCGGCCAUCCUCAUGUCGGCGCCAAGGCUGCUGCACAAGAAAGAUUCCGCGAGUGCGCUACACUCCUUUUUGCGGCUUGCGCGGUCGCACCUCACCGAAGAGGACUUUGAUUCACUGCUGGAGGAGCUGCGAACGAGGGCCGGCACGGAGCAGGUAAAGUGCAUCCACGAGGCUCGUCAGCCGCCGCCGCCUGCUGAAAGUAAACCGCGAACCAUAGUCGCAGAGAAUGAGGAUGAUGUGGAGGAUAGCGGUAAGACUGCCUGGACGUCGCCGCGUGCACGGAGCUGGAUGUCGCAGCGGGUGCGAAAGGGUGAGGCAUGGUCGCCGGGCGAAGUCGUGCAGGCCAUGGAGUUUUACACCCACUUUGGCGUGCGGGAUCCUGUUUUACAGAGCAAAAUCGAUGAAGCCGCGGUGUCGGUUAUGCCUGCGGCGAGCAAGUUUGACAUGGAGGGGAUGCUGAAGGUCGUGGCGACGUCCUCUCAUCUCUUUCCUCAGACGGCCGAACUCGUGCGACAGCAUCGCUGUAAGUCCUCAGCGGUGCAGCAAAAUGGGACCGACGGCGGCAGUGGUUCGGUGUCCUCAAUGACGAGGAAUUUCAGAACGACAGAGGCGUACGAGCGGCUGUUGGCGGGUCAACGCAUACCGGAGGAUUGGAUGUUUGAGGUGAUGCAGGAGCAGGGGGCCGCAGUCCCCAUUGAUGUGGCGGCGCAGGCUGCCUGCAUCUUCGCCGAGAAGGGUGGGAUACCAGAGGGAACUAUUUUGCAGCUGUCCAUGCAGUUGAAGGAGCUUUCCCCAGAGGGCGUGGCUGCAUUCCUCAGAGUGAUGCGGCGGGAUUCAUCAGGAGCUCUGCUGCUGCACGGUGUAGCUCUUAUUUCCCAUUUUGUCGAAAGAGGUAUGCGGGAGGCCACUGUAGAGACGUUGCUGCGGAUAUGUACUGCGUGCUCACUGCCACUUCCGCGUGGGGUUGAUGCGAAAGAUAAUUAUGCAUUUGCGGAGGCGCAAGGCCGGUUGGCGGAAGCCAUCAUUACACAACUCAUCUCUGUGAUGCAGGGACCCUGCACACUCCCGUUUCUCUGCAAGGUAGCGAAUUCGACGUCCGCCAUUGACGCAAAUAACGAAAUUGUUCACUUCGUCUGCUCAAGCGUGUGUGCCCAAACGCGUUGCCUCACGGUGCAGGAGGCAUUAGACCUGCUGGAUAUGCUGCGCUGCCGCAACUAUGUGCAUGAGCCGCUCCUCGACAAGUUGGAACCGCUCUUUCGUGAACUUGUGCAGCUGGCGGUCUCCAAAAUGGAGGCCGGUGAGGAGGUGCCAGAGGCUGAAACACGAAGCGUUGCCCGCUUCAUCGCUUUACAGGCGCUCUUUGACGCCCCUGACUUUGAGGCGUCCGCGUCGUUGGUGCUGCACACGGUAGUGCAGCGCAUGGAUCACACCCCUGCCGAGAUUCUUCCAGCUGCGGGUCUAAUUGCUUUGAAGCAAAGACGAAUAACCACUGCCCACACGAUACUAGGUGGGAUUGCAGGGAACGCGUCUACACUCUCCGAGGCGGCCCUUGGUGAGCUUGCACAACUGCUCUUUCUGCCUACACUGGGCUCACCAGGGAACGACCUCGUAGGUGAACUCGUUGCUGUGCUGGCGGCACGCCUGGCGCAGCAGCGGGAUCUCCCACCCGACGUUGUGGGCUUGGCUGUCGCGGUACACUGGCAGUGCGGUGACGCCGGGGAUGGCGUUCCGGCGAAUGUCCUGGAUCACCUGCUGGAGUGGAUGGGGGCUCUCUCUGCGGCGGUGUAUACCGCGUUGUGUGGCGCCGUGCACCUCUCGCGGGCCGGGGACGCGCUGGUCAACACCCUUAUCGAUGACUUUCCACGGCGGUUGGAUCAACUCACCACGAGCGAGAUUGCCAGUGUCGCAUUUGGGCUUGGCGAGAUCGACGGCGUGGGGCUGCGCCUCUCCCAUCAGCUCAUGGCAGAGAAGUGCUCGGACUACGUCGUCGACAACUCCCAUGAGUUUUGGAGCGGAAACGACAUUGCGCGUCUGCUGUACGGCUUUUCACGCAUGCUGUGCACGAAGCGAAGCCUCUACAACGUGUUUGCCGCGCGCCUUGCGCUGCGGCCGGUACUGCUGCCGAUGGACCAGCGGGCGAUCACGCUCGUCGUUGCCGCCUUUGGCAGGUCCAAGUAUCUGGACAAGGCGCUGUUUGACAAAUUCUCGCGCCGUAUGCUGGAGAACUCCGACGCGCUCGCAGCCCCGGACUUGAUGCUUGCGAUCCGGGGCUUUAGCCGCGUGAUGCUGCUCAACCGACCGCUCUACAACGAGCUCGGCAGCAAGGCCGCGGAGAAGGCGGAUGAAUUUCCGCUUGACUCCAAGUGUGCCCUGCUUGCCUCCUUUGGGUCGCUGGGCAUUGAACACGAGAAGCUGGCGAACCGGGCUCUUGAGGGCAUCGUGGAGAAUAUGGCGCAGCUGGAGAGCGCCAACAAGGCUGUGGACGUCAUCGCUUCUUUGUGGCAGAUGCACCACGACGUCGAGGAUGACGCGCGGGUGGCUCAGUUGGCGGGCUGGGUCGCAGAGCGGUCGGAGGAGCUCACGGGGGACGCCAUUGGAAAACUCUGCGUUGUUCUCAGCGAGACAAACUGGCGCCAUGUUCCGCUUCUGCAGGCCAUGGCUGAGCAAUCCGUGCGAUUGCAGCUCCAGCAAGGCGUUUCCGCCGAGUGCUGCAGGGCGGUACUGGAUACAUUAGGCACCUUCAUGAUUCAUCAUCAGGGGGCGCGCGAGAGCCUCUCCGCCCUAGGGAGGAGUGUAAGUAAGGAACGCAUACAGCUUUCAGAGGAGGAGGAACAGCAAAUUCAACUCCUGCUGCGCCGCUAG